AUGAAGGAACACAUUUUGAAAAUUAAUGAUGUGAUUCCAUAUGAUGUAGGUGCCUCAAUCUCAACCGAUCUUAAAGGCAAAUAUCAAGCUAUUGAUGACGAGGGAUUUAUUGAACUUGAUUAUGGCUUCUCGGAUUCGGAAUUUUGUAUGAUGAACAUAGUGCUCGAAGCAGAGGAAAAAGAAAGAAAAGAAGCUGAACUUCGCGAAACAAUUUAUCGUUUGACCGUCAAGGCGGAGAAGAUUUUCAAUAAAUAUCUGAAGAACACGCAUAAUUUAAAUGCCAACAUGGCGACCAAUUUUGGGCGUAACAAUUUGAAGAACAUUCAGCGCUCCGUGUCAAAAUUGCGAGAUGUUUACAAAUCGCUUAAAAAGUUCAAAAAAACGGUGAAAUUAGAAGGAAAAGUAUACAAGCUUCCGACAUCUUUGGAUGAAACUAGAAAAGUGGUUCGUCAGCACGCACUGGUUCAAAUCUAUGAUCUUCUCAAUCCAGUAGAUGCAUCGUCAUCCUCAACUUCCCCGCUCCCCAUCAACGAUGAUCUGCUUCAAGAGCAUCAAAGCUCUCGUCUUGCGAUUUCUACAGUCAAUUCUCAAUACACAACGAACUCUUUGUCAACCGACAACUUUGCCGUUCGCAACUCAUCGACCGGCCAAUACCGUAAAUUCUCCAACAAUUCUUCUGAAAUAACCAUCUUCUGUUCCCCACGUCGUCCAAACAAUACGCAAACAAUGAAACCGGAACCAGUUGAUCCUGCCUUUGACGACAUCGAGGCUGCUCAAAUUGACGGUGUUGUUGCGAACCAAUUCAUGGAAUGCAAUCAUCAUGAUAAUAGUGAUAAAAGAGAAUAUGGAGAAUUGAGGGGAAGCGAGGAAGUUCAACGCCCACGUCGCGAGGAAGAUCAGCGCCCACGUCGCGAAGAAAAUCAGCGCCCACGUCGCGAAGAAGAUCAACGCCCACGUCGCGACGAACUUCAACGCUCACGUUGCGAGGAAGAUCAGCGCCCACGUCGCGACGAACUUCAACGCCCACGUCGCGAGGAAGAUCAGCGCCCACGUCGCGACGAAUUUCAUCGCCCACGUCGCGACGAAUUUCAUCGCCCACGUCGCGAGGAAGAUCAGCGCGCACGUCACGACGAACUUCAGCGCUCACGCCACGAGGAAAUUGAACGUACUGAACGCAAUGAUUGUCAUCACGGAGAAUCUAGAGAUUAUAGAAGAUCGAGGUAUAACUUGAGAAAUAACCGAAAAAUUCCUCGGCGAUGCCCGCAAACCAAAAAGAGAAACCUUUGGGUGUUGCACGUGGUCUCUAUUUUGGCGAAAAGCAACCCAAAUGGUACGCUCAGUCCUGAGAACAUUAGAGAGUUGCAGAAUUUUCUAUCCAGAAAAGGGAAGCCUCAAAGUAAUUCGUCGCAACAAUCCGCCACUGAUCCAUCACUCAACAAUGACAAUUCUCACGACCAUAAUUUAUCGAAUGCUCAGGCCAUUCCUGAUUCUUGUUUGCAGAAUAGUGCCAAUUGCUUCAACAACAACGCUAGGGCUUCUCAGAAUAAUGGCGUCGAAACGAAUGAGAUCGUGAAGCACAAUGCUCCCGAUUUGAACCCUUCGAAUAGUGAUAAUUCCCGCAAUGAUUCUAAUGGUUCAGUGAAUUUGCUCAGCCAGAAAGUGAGCACUUGUGAUAACCAUAGUCGUUCCAAUCUAUUAACCGCUCCAAUCUGUUCCAACAUUUCCAAUUCUGCGCCAGAUGCUCCAGAUGCAUCUCAGGACACACUUUCGAGUUCAGUUGGCGUGACUCCCAUAGUUCAUGGUGCCACUGCUUCUUUGGCGAACCCUGCUGUUGGCUUAAGUGACAAAGAAGUAUUUGAAGCCAUUAUCGAUUCUGUCAUUAACCAAUUGCGCGACGUUCCAGAUGCCAAUUAUUCCAAGGUGAAUUGGCUCUCUUUGCAAAUUUACGAUCUAUAUCGAAAAUCGGAAGACGCGACGGGACAGAUCUUCGAAUUUAUUAAUGGCAUGAAGAAUGAAUUGCCAAGAGCGGAGAGAGCUGUCGCGUUUGCUAAAAAUGUGAUGAAUAUGAAAUCUUGUGCUAAUAACCUUUUGACUGGAUAUCCAGGCCCAUAA